AUGGCGCCCACCCAGGUGCACCACCACCGUUCUACCACGAAGGUUUCUCAGAAGCCUUACAAGAGCAAGCAUGCUUCUAAGAGUGCUUUGAAAGAGCAGGCCAAGGGCAAAGUCGAGACAGAGCGGGGCAGUCGUAAAACCCCCCACCAACAGCUGAAGUCGAAACUCGAUCGCCGCAACCAAGCCCGCCAGAGGCAGCAAUUGAAGCACCAAGAGAAGGCUCAGGCUACCAGCGUAUUCACCGGACAGAAUGGGGCUCCCCGUCAUGUCGCCAUCGUUCCGCUCUCCGCCAAUGUCGAUGCCGUCGCCGCUAUCCAGGCACUGAACGAAAGUGUGGAUAUUACUAGCGAGGUUCCAGCCGAGGGACCUCAUCGGGUGCGUGUUGACCGAUUCCGCCAGAGCCUCAACUAUAUCACUUCCAAAUUCGACCUGGUCAAUGCUCUGGAUGUCUGCCGCAUGGCCGACUUUGUGGUGCUGGUCUUGUCAGCCGAGGUCGAUGUUGAGGAGGAAGGCGAGCUGCUGCUGCGCUCCAUCGAGAGCCAGGGUAUCUCCAACGUUGUGACUAUGGUCCAGGGGCUCGACCAGGUGAACCCCGCCAAGAAGCGGCCCCAGGUGGCGUCUUCUCUGAAGUCUUUUAUCAACCACUUCUUCCCCACCGUCGAGAAAGUCAUGUCCCUCGAUUCCCGACAGGAGUGCUCUAAUGCCAUUCGGUCUCUCUGUACCGCAACCCCCAAGGGUAUCCGUUGGCGUGAUGAGCGCAGCUGGAUGUUUAUUGAGAAUGUUCAGUGGCCUAAUGCUAGCUCGGAGGUGGUGGACGAUGUUAUUAUCACUGGUGUUGUCCGUGGAAAGGGCUUGAAGGCCGACCGUAUUGCGCAUAUUCCUGGCUGGGGUGACUUCCAGAUCGACUCCAUCACUGCGGCCCCCUUGGCCACGACUAAAAACAAGCGUGAUGAUGCGAUGAAUGUCGAUGCCACUGACGCUACACAGACUCUAGAGGUUCCCAGCGCGGACCAGGAUGACAUGGCAAUUGUAGCGCCAGAGGAAAUCGAGAUGGUGGAUGACGAUGUGGUUUCUAUGGCCGAUACCGAACGGAAGGGUGUUCUGCUCGAUGACCACCACUACUUCUCCGAUGACGACGCGCACAUCCCCUCCAAGCCCAAGCGGCUGCCCAAGGGGACCUCGGAGUACCAGUCUGCUUGGUACCUCGACGAUGUCUCGGACUCUGGUUCGGAUUUGGUCGACGAGGAUGACGAUGAAGAUAUGGAAAUGGAUGUCACCGGCGCGCCCGAAGAUGGCUUCUUCGCAGACAAGGAAGAUGCCAUGACCGAGGGCGGCCCCUCCGAAUACCCUCAGUCCGAGAUGUUCCUUGACCCGUCUCCAGAGGACGAGGCCCAAGAGCUGGAGGAGUACCGAAUGAGCCGGCGAAAUGAAGCGGAGGAGGAUCUCGAGUUCCCCGAUGAAAUUGAGCUACACCCCAAUGUGCUUGCUAGAGAGCGCUUGAUUCGCUUCCGUGGCCUGAAGAACAUGAAGAUCAGUCCCUGGGAGACAUCUGAAGACCGCCCAUACGAGCCCGAGGACUGGCGGCGACUCCUGCAGUUUGGUGAUUACAAGGGCACCAAGAAUCGCAUCCUUCGCGAAGCUCUUGUUGGCGGUGUCAACCCCGGAAUCCGUGUAGACGUGCAUCUCCGUGCAGUUCCUGCCUCGCUCCGCCACAAAGCCCAGCCUUUCUCCCUGUUCUCGCUCCUACGUCACGAGCACAAGCACACCGUGGUCAAUAUCAACUUGACUCUGAGCUCCAGCGUGGAGCAGCCUCUCAAGUCCAAGGAGGAGGUCAUCGUGCAGAUCGGCGCUCGUCGCAUGGUUGUCAACCCUGUCUUCUCCGCCAGCGACAACACCCCGAACAAUGUCCACAAGUACGAUCGCUUCCUUCACCCAGGCCGCAGCGCCAUGGCCACCUGGAUUGGACCUAUGACCUGGGGCGCUGUUCCGGUACUCGUCUUCAAGACCAAGCAAGCGGAGGAAGACCCGGAGAUCCUCGACUCGGCAGAUGCGAAGCAGGAGCCGCUGGCUAUGGACCGUUUGGAGCUUAUUGGUACCGGCACUGUUGUCGCGCCAGACCCCAAGCGUGUGGUUGCCAAGCGUGCUAUCCUCACGGGUCAUCCGUACAAGAUCCACAAGAAGGUCGUCACUGUUCGGUAUAUGUUCUUCAACUCGGAGGAUGUCCAAUGGUUUAAGGCACUGCAGCUCUGGACCCGCCGUGGCCGCAGUGGAUACGUCAAGGAGAGCCUGGGUACUCACGGUUACUUCAAGGCUACCUUCGAUGCCAAGAUCAAUCCGCAGGAUUCUAUAGGCAUUAGUCUGUACAAGCGUGUCUUCCCUCGUCGGGCGAGGGCCCUGGAGGAGCUUGCGUAA